GUGCUCAACCUGUUCCUUGCCUUGCUGCUAAGCUCUUUCAGUGCUGACAACCUCUCGGCACCAGAUGACGAUGGGGAGAUGAACAACCUGCAGCUUGCUUUUGCUCGGAUCAACAGGGGUCUUCAGUACGUGAAACACACGACAUGGGAUUUUUGUUGCAAUGUCCUCCGGCACCCCAAGACGACGGCUGAAAAGAAGGCAAUGAUGAAGCUUGCUGCCCAGAAUACAGGUGCCCUUAACAAUUGUGUGAACAGUCAUACAACUGCUGAGCUUGGCAGAGACAUGGAGAAUCACAAAGAGAACCACACUGAGGAUGGGAUGAAUAAAAAUGGGGAGAAACACCUAGGAAUUACAGACAAUGAUGAUUUUAUGACCAAUCCUGACCUGUCCAUUUGUGUUCCUAUUGCUGUGGGAGAGUCAGAUAUCGAGGAGGAAGACGAGGAGCAGAGCACCUUUACUGAAAUGGAGCAGCAGGAAAAACAGCUGCAGCCAAGGGGGCAGCGAUGCCAAAGUCCAGGCGUCCGGAGUCAGAACUCUGAGAUUUGUGAAGAGUUAAGUGAGUUGCACGUGGAUAAGCAGUUGAAGGCUGAGCCACCACCUGCAGUAGGGCAGAAAGAGCUUGAUGAAAUCAGUCUUUCUGAAGGCAGCACAGUGGAUUUGACAAAUCCUGCAGAACUGCUGGAGCAGAUCCCUGAGUUUGCUGAGGAGCUGAUGGAGCCUGAAGAUUGCUUCCCCGAAGUUUGUGUGCGAUUCUUCCCAUGCUGUUUAGUGGACAUCACAAAAUUUCCAGGCAAAAUUUGGUGGAGGCUGCGGAAAACCUGCUACAGAAUCGUCGAACACAACUGGUUUGAAACUUUCAUCAUAUUCAUGAUCCUGCUGAGCAGUGGAGCCCUGGCUUUUGAAGAUAUUUACCUUGAAGAUCGAAAAAACAUAAAAACCAUGCUGGAAUAUGCUGACAGGAUAUUCACUUACAUCUUUGUCUUGGAAAUGCUCCUGAAAUGGGUGGCUUAUGGCUUCAAGAAGUAUUUCACCAAUGCCUGGUGCUGGCUUGACUUCCUUAUUGUAGAUGUCUCUUUAAUAAGCCUCAUUGCCAAUACACUUGGAUACUCUGAGAUGGGUCCCAUUAAAUCCCUCAGGACCCUCCGAGCCCUGCGACCAUUAAGAGCAUUGUCACGAUUUGAAGGGAUGAGGGUGGUGGUCAAUGCCCUCGUGGGAGCCAUCCCCUCCAUCAUGAAUGUUCUGCUCGUCUGCCUCAUCUUCUGGCUUAUCUUUAGCAUCAUGGGAGUGAACCUGUUUGCUGGGAAAUUUGGGAAGUGCAUUAAUAAGACAGAAGGAGAUAUGCCUUUAGACUCCAAAAUUAUUAACAACAUGAGUGACUGUAUACUCUAUAACGUGUCAGGCACGUUUUACUGGACAAAAGUUAAAGUUAACUUUGAUAAUGUUGGUGCUGGGUACCUGGCUCUGCUACAAGUGGCCACAUUUAAAGGUUGGAUGGACAUUAUGUAUGCAGCAGUGGAUUCACGAGAGUGUGAGGAGCAGCCUGAAUGGGAAUGUAAUUUAUACAUGUACCUAUACUUUGUGAUUUUCAUCAUCUUCGGGUCUUUCUUCACAUUGAACCUCUUCAUUGGUGUCAUCAUUGACAAUUUUAACCAACAAAAGAAAAAGAUAAGUGGCCAGGAUAUCUUUAUGACAGAAGAACAGAAAAAGUAUUAUAAUGCAAUGAAAAAGUUGGGAUCUAAGAAACCUCAAAAGCCAAUCCCAAGGCCACUGAACAAAUACCAAGGUUUUAUUUUUGAUGUCGUCUCAAAACAAGCCUUUGAUGUCUCCAUCAUGAUUCUCAUCUGCCUUAACAUGGUUACCAUGAUGGUGGAAACAGAUGACCAAAGUCAAGAAAAAGUGAACAUCCUCCAUAAAAUCAACAUGCUUUUCGUUGCCAUCUUCACUGGGGAGUGCAUCAUCAAAAUGCUAGCUCUGCGACAUUACUACUUCACCAAUGGCUGGAACAUAUUUGACUUUGUCGUUGUGAUUCUGUCUAUCGUAGGCACCGUACUUUCUGACAUCAUCCAGAAAUAUUUCUUCUCUCCCACACUCUUCAGAGUCAUUCGCUUGGCUCGGAUUGGCCGGGUCCUAAGACUCAUCCGGGGAGCCAAAGGAAUUCGAACUCUCCUGUUUGCCUUAAUGAUGUCCCUACCUGCUCUGUUCAACAUUGGCCUCUUGCUUUUUCUGGUCAUGUUCAUUUAUGCCAUUUUUGGCAUGGCUAACUUUGCCUAUGUUAAGAAGGAGCAUGGGAUUGAUGACAUGUUCAACUUCCAAACCUUUGCUAACAGCAUGCUCUGUCUCUUCCAAAUCACAACGUCAGCUGGCUGGGAUGGUCUUCUCAACCCUAUUUUAAACACUGGACCACCGUACUGCGACCCAAACCUUCCAAAUGCAAAUGGUUCAAAGGGAGACUGCGGAAGCCCUGCUGUAGGGAUUUUAUUCUUUGUUACUUAUAUCAUUAUAUCAUUUCUCAUUGUUGUAAACAUGUAUAUAGCCAUUAUUUUAGAGAACUUCAGUGUAGCCACUGAGGAAAGUACAGAGCCUCUAAGCGAGGAUGAUUUUGAUAUGUUCUAUGAAAUCUGGGAGAAGUUUGACCCUGAAGCCACUCAGUUUAUUGAGUAUUCUGCACUUUCAGACUUUGCAGACGCGCUGUCAGAACCUUUGCGCAUAGCGAAACCAAACAAAAUCAAACUCAUAGCAAUGGACCUGCCCAUGGUCAGUGGAGAUAGGAUCCAUUGCUUGGAUAUUUUGUUUGCUUUUACAAAAAGGGUGCUAGGAGAAUCUGGAGAAAUGGAUGCCCUUAAAAUACAGAUGGAAGAAAAGUUCAUGGCAGCGAAUCCAUCUAAGAUCUCUUAUGAACCAAUUACAACAACUCUCAGACGGAAACAAGAAGAGGUCUCCGCCAUCAUCAUCCAGCGGGCCUACAGGAGACAUUUGUUUCGGCGCUCCAUGAAGCAGGCAUCUUACUUGUACCGGCACAGAACUUUUGACAGCAGCAUCCUCGAGGACGAUGCACCCGAGAAGGAGGGUCUUAUUGCGUUCAUGAUGAACGAAAACUAUGGCAGGCCAAUAGACAAAUCAGAAACUCUGUCCUCCACAUCUUUCCCUCCAUCCUACGACAGCGUCACCAGAGGUGCGAGUGAUAAUCUCCAGCUGAAGAUGACGGACUCAAGCAAAAGUGAUGAGGCUAUAGAUUGUCUUCUCUCGCCGGACAAGGAUAAAGAAUCAAUUGUUUAAAUGUUUGUUUAGAAUGCUUUAAAAUAUUGUUUACAGAAUGUAAUGCUGUAACUACACAAUGAUUGAAGCAGCCUUCUUAUUAAAAAUUAGUUGCAAAAUAAACAAUUGAGUUUUUACCCUUAACUACAGGAGUCAUAUAACCUUUGACCCUGCUCUUUUUGACUUGGCUCAAUAUUUAUAUUUAUAUAUGCACAGGAAGAAUCUUUGCAGGGUCAUAGCUGUUAUAUCAAUGGUGUGAAUAAGAAUAUGCUAGACUGUAAAACAGUAAACACAGUGUAUAUCUAUCCACAGGUAAAGCCUGGCUGUAUACAUUCAUUUAAGGUCUUACUCAUAUUAGUGUGUUUACUUACGGCGAUGUAUGAC